UCAUAUGAUCACUUUUCACAUGACCGAUGGUCAAUCGUCAUCGCCCGAACGCUGUCUUUUUAUGACAAUUUUGGGCUAAAAUACCAACUUUUAGUCCGUUUUGCGUCCAGUAGAUAUAGCCUUAAAAAUGGCGUUUUGCCGUGUGGUGUUCCCGUUAUUAGUUCUAAGUGUAAUUAGCUGUUAUGCAUCCAAAGUCCCAGUGUUCAUGUGGGGCAAUUCUAUCAAGAGUUCUGUAAAAGCGAAUCCUCUCACCACUUACAGCAGCGAGGAAUUUGCUGCUGCAGUCGAGCAGGUAGUAUUACCGGGCACACUGACCCUUGUUUUCAUCGAACCAAGACUGUCCGUUGAAGAUUUUUCACAGAAAAACAGCAAUGGUGAAACAUCCUUCCCCUACUUACAUGAUAACAUUUACGAGGCAGUGUACAUGCCCAACGUGAAGAAUGCGCUGAAGGCCUUGAACCGUACUGCUGGAGAGUCAGCCACGAACAUUUACAUCACCGAUGAGUCGUCUGACAUCCUCGGCCUGAACAAAUUGAAUGCUGGUAACUUUGUUUUCAUCCACCUCAAUGACGCGCGCGAAGGUGAGUCCCGGGAGGAAAUGCUGCGCCGCCAUGAUGAAUUCAUGCACUCUACCAUGGGAGACAUGCCCGAAGAGCUGAACACUAUUGGUAUCUACACCGCUAACUACCCAUCCUGGACUAUCCCAGCUUCAAAGUCCCGUCCCCGCCGUGCUGUGGAAGAAAACGCUAAAACCCGUAUGUACACCCUGGACGGUCUCCGCAUGAUCACCAAGACUGUGAAAGUUGUCAGCGGUAAUGACUCAAGGACCUUGGGAGAUGUAACUGACCAACAUUCGGAGCUGAACACCACUUAUGUGAACGCUACCUUCGUGUUCGACAAUACCACUCUGCUUCUAAACUUCAAUGCUAAAGGAGGAUACUGGUUCUUCGAUACGGUGGUCCUGACAAUUGGUGAUUUCGUUGACGUGCUCUACCCUGAUGAGGAGGUGUUCGCUCUGGUGGACUUCUCUUACCGCUGCGCCCAGCACAUUAGCUUCUCCAGCCGAAACGAAACUAAGACUUACACUGUCGAUUUUGAGGAUCUGAAGGUCCAACCCUUCUUCGAGACCAACACGACACAAGAAUUCGGUGAUUCCUUCAACUGCGUCGGGUUCUUCUCAGCACCAAUCUGGGCUGGUCUCUUCGUGGUCUUCAUACUCCUGAGCAUCACAUUCUACGGAAUCAUGAUGAUGAUGGAUAUCAGGACCAUGGACCGCUUCGAUGAUCCCAAAGGCAAGACCAUCACCAUCAAUGCUGCUGAGUAACCUGGUAACAAGACGGUGUUUUAGUAUUCAGUGUUAAAGUAUUAUUUUGUUCAAAUGUCUGUCUAAAUCGGUUUGUUGAUAAUCAUGGGUAAUUUUUCUGUUUUAUACUGGCAACACUUUUUUUUGACAAUGUUUGUGACAGAUGUUGGCUAUUAUGUUGGUGACAAAUGUUUGGCUUAAUUCUGGCCAAUGUUUGUGACAAAUGUUUGGUUCAAUCAGGGCCAAUAUUUGUGACACACGUUAGGUGUAAAGUUGGUGACAAAUAUUUGGUUUAACGUAACUGAUGUUUGUGACAAAUGUUUGUUUGUUUAUGUAUUUUUGUUGGAAACUAAUGCUAAAACAUCGUUUAAAUUACAAUUUAGAAGUAAACUCAAGUUACUGGUGCCCUAGGAAUGUCAUAGUUCUUGUUCUGAGCUCAAAUCGAUUCCAAAACUAUUUAUUGUUAAAAUAAUAAUAACUAGAGGUUUAAGGAAUGAUUUUCGAUAUAUUUAAUAACUUGUAAUAACGGUGCCUCUACGCCUAGACAAUAGCUAAAGACUUAACGUUCAAUUCUAAAUUAAUCGAUUCGAAAUAAAUCGAUUUUAACUAUGUAAAUUUCAAGAACUCGAUUAGUUUUUAUUCGGUGUUUAAAACGCAAGUAUAUACUCUUACCGCUUAUAUGAAAGCUUAUGUAUACUUUAUAUAUGUAGUGAUUUAAUGUUAAGACAAUUUGAGAACCGAAAAUGUGCCUCCGUUACAAAGAUACUUAGUGGGUGAUGAAUAUAUUUAUUAAAUAGAUAAAAUAAAUAAUAAGGGAAUGCGUAUUUAGACAUUAAAACAUUCCUUUAUUGUCAAACGGAGCAAAACGGACCAAAAUUCGAUCUUCGAGCGUAAAAUAGGGAUGAUGACGGGGUAUGAAAAUUAAAACUCUAUUCAGUCCGUCAGUUAGGUAAUGAAAAAAUAUUAGACACGUAUUUGUCAUAUAAGAGAACAAUACUUAGAUAAAACGAAUCAAAAUUUAAAAACGGGAGCUAAUUAUGUCAUUUCUAAGUAUAAAAUGUACCUAGAAGUGACGUUACGCGAUAUUUCAAAUCAAUAUAUCGUCGAAAGUAUUUGUUUUCCUAAGAAAAGAAGAAAAAAUACGUGUCUAAUGUUUUAAAAUAAUCUACAAGACGGACGUUAAAAUAAAAAUUAGUCAUCUACCCUAUUGAAUUGACUUAGCCAAAAUAUCGCUCUGUAAAAGUAUUUCUGACGUAUUUAAUACAAAUUUCUUGGAACUACCGUAAAGUAAAUAAAGAAACUAAAUAUGUAUUCCCUUUAUAAAGUAAAUAAAUAGCCUAAUUAGGAACCAUGGCCUUAUAAAAACAUGCAAUUAUGUAACACAACGAUUAAUAAAUAAAAUAUGGAGCUUUUACUCAGAUGCUUAGAUUUAGAAGGAAUUUGGGAGAAUUUUGACGAUCAUUUUCAAUCUAGAGACAUUUAAUGAUUACUUAAACUAUUCCUUAGUAAGGAUUUUGUUUCAAAAACAUUUGCUAAGGACUGGGUUAAGUGACUAUUAAAUGUUUCUGAGUACAGCAGUAGUCUUAAAGGCCUAAAUACGUGUUACUUAUCGUAACAUAGCACCUAAAUUAACCCCUUACUUGUAAAGUUAGGUGUCACUUAAAGUUUGGUGGAAGCCAAAAAAGGUGUUUAACGUCACCUAUCUGAGCCUAAGGGUACUUUAAAAACUUAGGGUGUCUCAUGUUAAAAAUGUUCGUCAAAAUUUUUCUUAAAUAAAAAUAAAUAUUCUAAUCGAUUACCGACUUUUACGUAAAAAUGUAUAAUUAUGAAAGAGAAUGACAGAUGUAGUUUUGUAUACAGAAACGUUGUUAUUGAAAAGAGUUCCCUCCAUUCUAGUGCCAAUUGUAUGUCCGUUACAUAAAGUUGGUAAAAUAAUAAUAAUAUAUAAUUAUAAAAUAUAAUUAUUAUAACAAAAAUCUAUUUAUUAAGAGUUACAACUGUUUUGUAAGAUUUAAAUAUUCCCCCAUUACAAUUUUUCCCGAUAUUUGGUUAACUUUUUUCGCUCUGGCAACACUGUGUUUGCCGCGGAAACGGAAAUGUUGGCCAAAGUUCUUUUUGUAGAUUUUUUUUCUGAUGUAAAUCCAUGGUUUUUUAGCUGUAAGCAUAAUUCUUCAUAUUUUUUCUUUUAAUUUGUAAAUAGUAUUGUUUUCUGAAUUAUUUUACUGUUGUUUCGAAAGUAUUAAAUCGUGAGACCAAUAUUU